UGAAUAAACUGAGAAAAUUGUAAAUAAUUCAAUAUUUUUCUAGGUUUUAUUUGCGAAUUUUACCCUUGUACGCAUUUUUUAUCUCCCUAUUUGUGUUCCUAUUAUAUAUGACUGGUGUGCAUCACGAUUUUAAGCUAGGUCGUAGCUGUGGAGAGUUUGAAUAUAAAACAUCAAUAUCAGGUAAAUGAUUAUUGUGUGCUUCCCGCCCCAGGACAACCUCAAUACGGGGCGGGACUCCCACACAUGCUCUUUGGAAGCAUGCAGUUAGCUCAAUUUGUUUUCUUUCCUUACAAUUAGCUGCAAGAAUUUCUUCGUCAAUCGACACGAGCGUCGAUCCGUGCGACGACUUCUACCAGUUUGCAUGCGGAAGAUGGAUCGAAAAUCACCCUGUUCCCGACGGUGCCUCGCACGUGGACCAGUUUCAACUCCUCAAAGACCAAAGCAUGAAUCAAAUCAGAGAAAUCCUCGAGGCUGAUAACUCAGAUUUGACGGCGGGUCCUUUGAUGCAGGCGAGAAGUUUGUACCGAAGCUGCUUGGAUGAAGACAAAAUAGAAAAGAAGGGUGUGGAGCCUAUUCUGGAAGUUUUUCGCUCUCUAGGGCUUCCGCCAGUGCCAACGUUGAAGAAACGAGAAAGAUUUUCGUGGCAAAGGGCUUUAAUCAACGCAGAAAAAAUGCUGGGCGAUAGCAUUUUCUUCUCAUUAGACGUCAUCCAGCAUCCAUUAGACAACUCCAAACACGUCCUGCAGGCACAUAAAGAGAGCUAUGAGGAGUUUCCAGAGACCCAAUGUCAGGGAGACAGAGAUACUGUAGAAGCUUUUAUUGCUGAUUUCAUCAACAUGUUCAUCAAACACGUUCCCAACGCGACUGUGGACGCGAAGCUAAUGGCGAGCGAUAUAUAUGCGUUUCACUCGGAACUGAGAAAAAUGACGACUAAUGCGGGGCAUUACCAGGAAAUGACCCUGAGGGAAUUUCAGGAGAUCACCGACUCGCAUAUCAGAAAAAACUCCACCAACAGGUUUAACUGGUCUAUGUACUUCAACCAAGUGCUCAAUAUCGACGGCGAAAACGCCAGAAUUAAGAGAAAAGAAAAGGACAAGCGGAUCAUAGUUAGAGAUCAGCAAUAUUUCGAGCGGUGGUCGCGACUGUUACAAACCAGUAGCCCUGAAAUGAUCGAGAUGUACAUCUGGUGGAGAGUGUUUUCGUCCCUUGCCCCUUACACAACAAGAGAAUUCCAAAUGAGGCAGCAAAAACUCUGGCAGAAGGUCGGUGGCACCCGCAUAAGUACUCCAAGGUGGAAGGUUUGCGUGGAAAUGGUCAACAAAGCGUACGGAUAUAUCGUUAACUUCGAAUACGCUAAGAUUCACCUCGACAAAGACCUGAGAGAACAGGCAUUAAGGGUGUUUAGUGUAACUAAAAAGUACAUCCUAAGUUAUCUGAGUUGGAUGUACUCAGUGACCAAGAAACAGGAAAUAAAGAAAGUCGAAUCACUAAGAGCCAAUGUGGUGAACCCCGAUGAUGAGCCGCUGUUCCCCAGCAAACUAGAGCAAUUUUAUUCCUUGAUCAAUUUCGUUGACGGUGGUUUGUUUGAGUCGCAGUUGAAGAUUCUGGCCGCCUUGGAAGCAUCAAAGUUGAAUUCACUGUACCUUACACCGAAGAGAGAGCCUACUUUAGUAUAUGACAGUGACCAGAGCAAGGCCAACGUCCAUUACGAUCCGGAAACCAAUUCGAUUUCAAUCCCAGUAAGCUUGUUGCAACCUCCAAUUCAUAGACUUCGUAGAAGGCAAGUGAAUAUUUUCCCUGUGGAUUUCGCAGCGAUCAGCACUCUUAUUAGCUUUGAAAUCACCCGCGUCAUCAACAUUGGCCAUGUGAAGAGGUUUAAUGAAGCGCCAAUUUGUGACGAAAAUCGCAAUAAGAGCAAUAACACAACCACAAAUAAACUACGAGACGGGGAAAGCCAGGCAACGCAAGAUGAAUGGCUGGCCUACAUCUUUGGGCUGCAGAAUUCCUUUAAAGCGUACUACUAUAAUGAUAUCCCUCGGCGCUGUGUGGAAGAUUACUCGGAAGAGCAAAUCUUUUUCCUUAGUUUCGCGAACAUGUGGUGUUCAAACACGUCGCCCACCUCUGUGAAUAAUUUGUUACCUGGCCGGUCAAUGGUGCUGGGAACCGUGUCAAAAAUGAACGAGUUUGCGGAAGCGUGGAGUUGUCCAAAAGGCUCGAACGCCUAGUGAUAGAUAUGUUAAUUAGUAAUACAAAAAUUACUUUUGAAUCUAAACCGAAAUUUUCCCUUUUGCUAAGCUGUUGCAAGAAAUGUAUUGAAUAUAUAAAUAAAUGGA